UACCCGCACACAUAUUGCACAAUGUCCUCCAAACCGGGCAAGAAAAAGGAGUCCGUGCACCGGAUGAGCUCAGCGACGGGGCACACACCUAGAGAUGUGGCUUCAAUGGUUGCGAGCGUGCUGUCUGUGGAAAUAAAGAAAGGAAAGCUCCCACUUUGGCCUGAAUGGAAUGAGGCAGAUAUAAAUUCUGAGAAGUGGGAAAUGGGAAAAGCUGGAAAAGAGAAAGAUAAACCUGGAAAGAGCCCAGCACUACAUUUUUUUGAGGAUCCUGAAGGAAAGAUUGAACUACCAUCCCAAUUAAAGAUACAUUCGUGGAAGAGGCCAUAUGAAGUCUUUACAAACACACUUCCUGUGGUUAUGAAAGAUGAACACUCAUGUGACCUGUUAACAGCAAAUGAACACCUAAUUGGAAGCGAGCUCAUGAGGUGGAUAAUAAGUGAAGUAAGUAACGUCUGGAGAAUAUUGAACUCAAAAUUGACCAACAAAGAAACAUCACUAGAUCCACCUACAUUGGCUUGGAAGCCCUGGGAACACAUAUAUUCUCUGUGCAAAGCUGUAAAGGGACAUAUUCCGCUAUAUAACAAUUAUGGUAAAUAUGUCGUCAAGCUAUACUGGAUGGGUUGCUGGCGUAAAAUUGUUGUGGAUGACACUUUACCAUUCAGCGAAGACAACAAAUUGUUAGUUCCUGCAACACCCUGUGAAGGAGAAUUAUGGCCAAUGUUAUUGUCCAAAGCCAUCAUUAAACUUGCGAGCGUGGACCCAAAUGGGUUUACAAAAAAAGACAUGGGAGAAUUUACCGUCAUGCAUUCUCUAACUGGAUGGCUACCAGAGGUCAUUCCACUUGACAAUGAUUAUUUAAAUGAUGUCUGGACUCUCUUGAAAAGGAUAGUUCCUGAGUUUCGGUUACCUAGUGAUGAAAAUCCUGAAUCCAAAGGUCCUGUAGCACAGGAAAAGCCAAAGGAAAACAUGCAAACUGAAGUGAAGGCUGACCUGCAAGUACCCAUAAUUAUUAAACCAGCUGAGAAGACCAACAAAGAGAAAUCUGAUGUAAAGGACACCGGGAAAAAAAAACCUGAAAAGGAUAAAAGCAGGUCUGCAUCUCAUUCUGCACGGCCUCCUUCAGAGCCUUCAAACACUCUUCAGCAAUUAUUACAAGAAACCACAACUGUGCCACCGGAGCCGCAGAUGGUUGUAUAUGCCAGCUAUUUACCACUUCACUUGAAUGAGCAGAAGAUUUCUAUACUAGGGCAGAUGGCUGACUCUGCAGAACAACUGCGUCAAUAUGGACUUUCUCAUAUCUAUAAUCAUCCAGUCCUUGUAACUAGAACACGAUCAUGUCCUCUAGUUGCUCCUAUAAAACCCCCUCCAUUACCACGGUGGAAACUUAUAAGGCCAAAAAAAGAUAUUAACAUAACAGAUGAAGCCAAAGAACCUAUUGUAAAAAAACCUGAACAGUUUGUGGAAAUCACCAGCCCAUUCCUAGGCUUUCGAAUCCAUCCACUCAGUGUACCAUCUGAAGGACACUUUGUUCACUCUACACCAAGAAGAGGCUCCCUUGUGACCUCUAGUCUAAUAUCUGUCAGUGAGAUUGAAGAGCAUGUUCAUGAAGGUGAUGAAGCUGUAAAAGAAAAUCUUAUGUCAAGUGCCGAAGAGAGCAUUCAGGCAAGCUCUGUCAUCCCUGAUCACAGUGCACCUGACUUGACAGGUAACGAAGGCAAAAAUAUACAUCAAGAUGGGCAUCUUACUGAUGUAAAUACUCAGUCAGCUCACAUUUCAGAGAAACCCCCAGAAGACUUGAAACCUAUAAAUAAAGAAACAUGGAUUGACUAUUCAGAUUUCUGCAAGUGUUUUCAUACAUUAUAUGUCUUCCAUAAGCCAAACACAUAUCCUUAUACAGUUCAGAAAUCAGAUUUUAAGGCGACAGAUGACAGAGGAUCUUAUUUCUUAUUUGUGGACAAUUUCAAACCUACUGAAAUCGUAGUCAGUUUUUCAGCACUGGUGUGCUGGGGAGAUACUCCUUUUGGUGUAAAAGAAGAGACAAAACUACACAAAGGUUUACUCACUGUUGAACAAUAUACUUGGAAACAUCUUCUCACUGGACCAGUUGUAUUAAAAAUACACACUUAUGCUACCAAAGCUACAAUUCUAAACUUACCUCCUGGGCGUCAUGUCUUACGCUUCACUGCAAGUUCACCCUUAGGGCACCAUAUCCACCUGUGUAGUACAGUGCCAUUUGUCUUUGGUGAUGAAGAAACUGUUAUGCCAUAUCUUGACAAGGAGAGCUAUCGUUUUAUGGAACAAGCCAAAACUAUUAUAAAAGCCAUAGGGAAAGUAAUGACUAGCUUUAACUGUGACAACGAACUUCCAAGAGCCUUUCAAGAUCUAGCGCGCUGUGUUCAAAUAAAGGAAGCAAGUCAUAUCAAGAUUUUCAAUACUGCUUUAUGGAAUCUUAUGACUGAAGCUGUGGGAAAGAAAGUUUCUCCUGACUUGAUAUUUGCAUACCGAGCUUUUACCCUGGAUUUCAAUGCGAGUUUGACUGCAGAUUUGCCUCCAUCACCAGAGGCCAUAUUUGAAGUUCCUGCCUCCUGGCAAGACAGGAUCUCGACAGAUAUCGAGGCAGCUGCUGCAAAUAAACUUCAAGCUUGUUGGAAAGGGUAUUACAUAAGGAAGUGUUUCAGAGCAAGAAAACCAGGCACCAAGGAAAACACGUAUGUUAAAACUAUAUUCGAUAAAGUAUGGGCUGUGCUGGAACCAAAUGCAGAACAACAUGGUGUUAAGCUGCUGAGAUACAUGUUCAUGCACAGUCCUUAUUCACAUAAGUAUGCUGGCUUUGGCGAUGAACCUUACAGAAUUUCAUUUGCUGACUACUCGGUUACUUACCUUGAGCACCCGUCUAAUGCAUGGUUUGUGGUUUUCAGAGAAGUAUUUCAUGUGCCAGAAAACAUGCUUAUAGUACCCAAGAUGUACACAACUCUGCCAAUCUGUGCACUUCACAUCAUAAAUAAUGAUACACUGGAGAAAAUUCCCUGGGUUUUCAAUAAAGUUGUACCACACAUCUAUGCAAAGAACAAGAAGGGGUACACAUUUGUUGUUGAAGUCCAUACUGGUGAAAAUGCUAUUACUUCCGGAAAAUUUAGACUACGACUCAUUGGUGCAUGUAACCCUCUUCCAAUACUCUCCCGCGAAGCCGUAAACAACUCUUUUUCCAUGAGAGAAAUUAAAGAUUACUACAUACCCAACAACAAGAAUGUGAUAUUCAGGUACUCGGUGAAAACGAGCAUAGAGCACAUUGCAACUAUACAAGUACAAACAUCGAAGCCAGAUGUAUUUAUCAAGAUACAGAUACUAGAUAAUGAGGACGAGGUUGUAAGUGCUGCUGGAAAAGGUCAAGCCAUAAUUCCUGCGUUUUGUUUUAUACCAACUGAAAGACCUUCAAGCUGCCGAUCAGUAAAAAGCAGUACAAAAAAAGGAAGAGUUGGUUCUGCUGGCAGUCAGAAAAUGAAGUCCACAGCUCAAUCUGAAACAGACGUUCAGCCUGUGGGAGUCAAUGAAAACGCUGAAGAGAGAGCACCAGUUUCCCACCCAGCACACAAGUACAUUAUACAAGCAAUUGUGCUAAAUAACAGCUGGACCCUCACGGAGAGUCAAGCUGCCUUUGUUCAAACACUAAAGGAGUUAGAGAAACAGGAGGCGAGAGUUUAUGAAGAGGUACAUUCAGAAGUUCACCAUAGCGGUGAUGUCCAAAAACCAGUGAGCACUCCGAAGACUAUCAGGAAAGGGAAGACAGAAAAACCUGAAAAGGAGAAGUCUGGAAAAGACAGAGAACAACGUAUGUCAACUCCAACUUCCAGACCUGAAUCCCAGGCUCAACUGCAGACAGAUUUGAAUAAGCCGAGUUGGAUUCUAAGGCUAGUCAGCCAAACAAGCGAAGUAGACACACUGGAAGUUAAAAAAGACACAGAACGUCUAGAUGAGAUCAGAGCUAUGAAGCAGGCAUGGGAGUUGGCAGAACCUGGACGAGCUGUCAAGGCAUUGCAGUCACGGUUGCAGUAUAUCAACAAAUAUGUGCAAAAAAUCAAUGCGGACACGACUGAAAUGAAAAUUCCACAAGACACUCAAGUAUUAAAUGGAGACGGAAUUGCAGUAGAUCCAGCUAAGAUCUUGGGAAGUCAAUCAAUGGAUCCAGACACCAAAGAAUUUACCACAUUGGAUUUGACACCCUUUCUUAGAAAAACAAGGCCACAACCGUUGCUACGAGACGAAUAUGUCAUUCAACAGCAGGCCUUGCAAAAGGCAGAAGAGAUUCAACAGUAUAGACAGCGUCGAGAGGAAGUCAUACAGCAAAGGGAGCAGGAACAGACUGCACGAAAUUUGCUGAAGAAGAAAGUGCUACAGACAUAUGAAGAUCUACAGAUAUCAUUAGACAAUGCUCGUCAACAAAUUCUCGGUGCUCGAGAGUCAUACAGAAAUAAAUUGCUUGAAGCCGAGAAAAAAAACCAAGAUGCAGUAGCAGUUCAAGAAACUUCUCAUCAUAUUGAACAAAAGAAAAGUCCGUCACCUAAAAGGAAGAGUGCAAAGAGCUCUGGGAAAGCAAAAUAGAGACCAAUUAAUCAGUGUUCAUUGUGAGAGAAACACACGUGCCAUUAUCUGAAUAAUGUCAAAUUGAUAAAACAUUAACUUUCACAAUAUACUUUCAUUUUACCUGUCCUAUUGAAAACAAACUAUUUUUCUCUAAUGCGUUUAACUGUUUACCAAAGAAAGUUUGAAACUUCACAUACUCUUAUUAAAUAA